GAAACGCGAGAUGAAUUCGGCGCGAGGAGGAGGUCGGGGGUGGGGAGGUCGCUUGAUAGUAACGUGAUGUAUUUUGCUCUUUCUUUAAAGGUGUCUUGACAUGAUGUGAGGCCGGGGCUCCUUCCCGAGGCGCUGGGGACUUCGGCUCCUUCUCGUUGGUUUCAUGGUUAGAGUUUUGAGAUGGCAUUGGCAGAUGGUAACCUGGACUUGGUCCCUGAUUGUGAGCUCCAUGAUCUACAGCAGAAGGUCAAAAAUCUGGAAGAAGAGCUAGCAAACCAUAAAACUCAAAUUCACAAGCUACAAAAACAACUAAACCAGACUGAGCAACUGUACAAAAACUCAGAGAAUUAUAAUGAAGACUUACGAAAACAGGUUGAAGAUCUCAGUAAAGAAAUGCUUGAAAGAAAAAUGAAAGAAAUGAACAGAAUUGACACAGAAGUUCAGACUGAUCUUUGUAUUGCUGAUCACCACACAGGCUAUUACCAUAAUGAAACUCAGGAUUCUCAUCAGGCGUUGAACAGUGAUCAAUAUGACAAUGGCAAUAUGGUAGAACCUGAAAUUCGUGGAGACCUUGAAGAAAUUCAGGAUGAGACUCAGGCCUCUGCUCAGUUGCAAGCACAGGUUCAGGUUGAUGACUACCAGUACACAGAGUAUACUUCUGGUAGCCUAUCACUGCUAGAUGUAUAUGGAGACCAUAACAGCAUUGAUCAAAAUGCAGAGGAAUCUGAGAAUACUUCACUGGCAGACAGUUUACGUGCCACUGCAGAAGCUGCUAUGUCACAGACUGGGUUCACCUAUGACGACAACACUGGAAUGUAUUAUGAUUAUACCACAGGCUUCUACUAUGAUUCGGCAAGCCAACUCUACUAUGAUGCGCACAGCGGUAUUUAUUACUACUAUGAUGCAGAGAGUGGCCGAUACCAGUUUCAUUCUCGAGUGGAUCUACAGGCAUACCAGUGCACAGCAGAACAGAAUCCAGAAAAGAAAGUGAAGAAAAAACGAAGAGGAGUAGAGAAGAUUGUCACACAGGAAGAAAAGGAUACUGAAGCUGAAGUAAAGAAAGCUUCAAGUAAUGGCACUUCCCAGGAUCAAGGAGAAGAGAAUGUUGUAUUGUCAGAGGAGUCCAUAAAAAGACGAAAGAGAGUAAAAGUGGAGGAUGUCAAUCUGGAUUGGGCCAAAUCUGAAUUUAGUCCUAGUGCUGACACAAAUAUCCAGGAUGGCACAGACGAGGAUUCAGAAGCUUGGGAAGAGGACAGUGAGCCAGAGGAAGGUGAAAUAACAGAUUCUGACAAGUGUGGGGAUUCUGUUGAUGAGGAGAUGGAUAAAGAGUUCAGUGAAGAAGAUGAAGAGAGUGAGAAAGAAGAAGGUCAGCCAUGGCCUCCCUGUAUCCGAGUGACAGUGGUGCGGUCACCAGUACUAACACCUGGUACACUGUUCAUCAUCACUGCAGUGACGUCAGCUACAAUUGGAAGAGACAAAGAUAUGGAUCAUACCAUCAGGUUACCAGAAAUGGCAGUUAGUAAGUUUCAUGCCGAGGUAUACUUUGACCAAGAACUGCAGCAAUACGUGCUAGUUGAUCAAUGUAGCCAGAAUGGGACUGUGCUUAAUGGGACCCGGAUCUUGACACGAAAAAACAAAUGUGAUCCUCACGCAUUGGAGCAUGGAGAUGAAGUAAAGAUCGGGGAGACAGUGUUGUCUUUCCACAUCCAUCCAGGAACCGACACGUGCAAUGGCUGUGAGCCAGGUCAAGUGAUAGCACAUUUAAGGCUCAACAAAAAAGAAUCAGCAGCUGUUCCAGUACUAAGCAAGGAGGAGAAAGAUAAAUUACGACGACGAGAAUUAAAACAAAUUCGGGUCAAAUAUGGUUUGCAGAACAGUGCAUAUGAGGAAUGCGAAGCGUUAAAGAACCCAGCAUACAAAGACCGAGCUGGUAGACGCAGACAUGUAGUUGGCAGCGAUUGCAUUUACCAAAAGGAUGACGCCCCAGCUUCAGUCAAUGUUGAAAUUGGAGGCACCAAUAAGGGACGAAAGAUGUUAGAGAAGAUGGGGUGGAAGAAAGGUGAAGGACUUGGAAAAGGCAGUUGUGGUAUUAAGGAGCCGAUUCAGGUUCAUCUUCAUCAGUCACACACUGGCUUAGGGGCAGCUGUACCACUUGGCAUUGAAGAUGUACAGAUGGUCAAAUCCAAAAAUGAGAAGAACUGGGCUAAAGCUAGGGAGCGAUUUUCAGAAACUUUUCAGCAAACCACUAAUCAAAAGGAAGGAAAGAUCAAAACUCCAUGGAUGAAAGGAGAAGGUAUUAAGGAGCACCCUGAAGACUUUCCCACAACCUAACACUUCUUGUAAAUAAUGCAUUCCACUUUCUCCCAUUUUAUUUUUCUGUACUUAUUAAACAUUUGUCUGAACUUCA